GCUUCUCUGCCCUGGCAUCCAAACUUCUCGUGGCCGGCGCUGGCUGCUCCCGGGGAAGCUUUAUCUGGGGUUCCGUAACGCUGCGUUGUGCCCCGGCUCCUGUCUCAUGUCCGGCCCCAGAUGUCGGGGGUUCUGGUAAUCGCUGCCUGGUGCUUCCUGCAAGUGGAGAGCCGGCAUCCUGAAAUCAUCACGACUAACAGCAAUCAUGGCAAUUUCCUGGACAACGACAAAUGGCUGAGCACCGUUUCGCAAUAUGAUAAAGACAAAUACUGGAACAAAUUCCGGGAUGAUGAUUAUUUCAGAAACUGGAAUCCAAACAAGCCUUUUGAUCAAGCCCUUGAUCCAUCCAAGGAUCCAUGUUUGAAGGUGAAGUGCAGCCCACAUAAGGUCUGUGUCACUCACGACUAUGAAACUGCUAUUUGUGUAAGCCACAAGCAGCUGGUGCACAGCCUUCGACAAAAGAAAGGGACCUUGGCCCAGAAGCACUGGACUGCACCAGCUAACAUAGUAAAAUGCAAACCUUGCCCUGUGACCCAUGCCAGCCCCAUCUGUGGAUCUGAUGGACACACAUAUGCUACCAAGUGCAAGUUGGAGUUUCAUGCAUGUACUUCUGGCAAAACCAUCACAGCUCGAUGUGAAGGGCCCUGCCCCUGCCUUCCAGGACCUGAAACUUCAAAACACAAGGUGGAGAAAACUACUUGUACAGACAAAGAGCUGAGGAGUCUUGCUUCCCGACUAAAAGACUGGUUUGGUGCUCUCCAUGAGGAUGCAAAUCGUGUCAUCAAACCAACAAGCUCGGAGACUGCCCAAGGCAGAUUUGACACCAGCAUCCUGCCAAUCUGUAAGGAUUCCUUAGGCUGGAUGUUCAACAAACUUGACAUGAACUAUGACCUGCUGCUGGAUCCCUCCGAGAUCAGUGCCAUUUAUCUGGAUAAGUACGAGCCCUGUGUCAAGCCUCUCUUCAACUCUUGUGACUCCUUCAAAGAUGGAAAACUUUCCAACAACGAAUGGUGCUACUGCUUCCAGAAGCCAGGUGGUCUUCCUUGCCAGAACGAAAUGAAUAGAAUUCAAAAGCUAAGUAGAGGGAAGAGUCUGUUGGGUGCUUUCAUCCCCCGGUGCAAUGAAGAAGGUUAUUACAAAGCCACGCAGUGCCAUGGCAGCACAGGGCAGUGCUGGUGUGUUGAUAAGUAUGGGAAUGAGAUAGCAGGCUCAAGAAAGCAAGGGACAGUGAGUUGUGAAGAAGAGCAAGAAACCUCAGGGGAUUUUGGCAGUGGUGGAUCUGUCGUAUUGUUGGAUGAUUUGGAAGAGGAACCUGAAGCAGCAAAAAAAGACAAAGAAGGAAAACUGAAGAUUCAUGUAAGAGCAGCUAACGAAGAUGAUGAAGAUGAAGAUGACGAUAAGGAUGAUGAAAUUGGUUAUAUAUGGUAGUGCCCAUCAGAAUGAGAACUCACGUUUUGCACAAUAUUGCAAGUCACAUCAUAUCUCUGCAAUUGUAUCUGAGAGUACCUGGCACAAAUAUUCCCUCUCUACUGAGUUUAGUUUUGUAUGGUGUAUUUAAUUUGGAAGACUUUUUUUUCCAGCAAGGACUGUUUGGAAUACAGCUUUUUCAGUUGGUUUGGGAGAUUUUUGUUCUAUCCACAGGGGAAAGGAGUUUUCUUUCAAAACCAUUUCAUGUCUUAAUCCUCACUUGCACAGCUGAUGAAAUAUAUCUUGUGAAAGAAGAAUCACAGAAGGGGCUCAGCAAACCAAUACAAGGCUUAGAAGCCCUUCUGAUGUUAGAGAAUUUGUGCGCUAAAUUGUUACCUGGAUCAUGUCAGAAACAGCUCUUUUUCUUUCCUGAAGAAGGAAAGCAGGUGCCUCAUUUUCUAGUCCAUAUUUGUUACAUUCCAGUAAAGAAUAAGUCUCUUUGGAUAGUGACUUCUGGCUGUCCAGCAGCAGGGAUUUAAUCCAGAAAGAAACGCGCUGGUGGGUUUUUCUCUUCCUGAUGUUCUCUGCGAAUGAGUCCAGCAGGCAGAGCUCCAGCAGAGUGUUCCUCACCUCACUGGCACUGCUCGUGUGGGUAAGGAGCGUGGCCCUGAUCUUAAGAGAUGCUGAGAACCUGCAGCUAUCAUGGACCAAGCCCUACAGGCAGGGACCAGAGUCCAUCUGCCUUUCAAGGUGUUUGAGGAAAGAGUGUUUUGUGAAUCUAUAGCAUCAUCAUCACCUCAAGAGAUGGUCCUCAGCUUCUCUUAGAGCUUGUUUGCACCAAGAGCUGUGCCAACACUGCCACUGUGUCCUGCUCACACACCAACUCCUUCAGUUGCUCUAAGCCAUCCCGCAUUUCAAAGUUAUAAAGCUGUACAAGACACUAACCAUUAAAAGUAAUAAUCUGUCAUUUCUUUAAGUAGUAAAUAUUUACUUGGCCUGCUUCAAAAAGCAACUUGAGGUGGUCACGUUUCAAAAGCAUAACCCUUCUGCUCAGUGUGAAAAGCUGCACACUCAUAAUACACACACGUAACAUUGUGUGUAUUAUGUAAAUUAAAAUACAAUCCAUGCGUCCCUCAGCAUCUACCACACAUUCAUAGCUCUGCAGCUGUAUCACAGCAUAUUGACAUUAAAUUAUGUCCUUUCCCAUUGCAGGUCUCUGAUGCAGGAAUGUACUGUGGUUAUCUUCUCUUAUUUUUCCUGUUUUCAGAAGCAGUGAGGUCCCUUCACCCACCCUUGCUUUAGGCUGCAGACACAAGAAUUUUAGCAGAGCCUUUGAGUUAUUUUGCAGAACAAAAAGAGAUGUUUAUCACACAGGAAAUAAUUACUUUAAAUUCUAUUUUUCCUAUGAGUUAGUGUUGGAUAUAGAGGUGGAGAGAGUAUGGAGUCAAACCAUGGUGGUUACAUACUCAUUCAAAAGUGCACAAAUACUGUGCUGGGUGCCAGAAGUCACUUCUUAGGGACUCCGUGCAGGACCUCUGCUUUCAGUCAAAAUCACAAGAGCAAUACAGAAGAGAAACUCAUUCCAAACAGGGGCUGAGUUGUUUUCUCCUCUUUCAUUUCCUAGUUAUCUAGAUCAAUGACCUGAGAACAAAGAGCAAGGCUGUAUAGUUGUUAUUAAUGCAGAAGGAUGUGUAAAACCAUGAGGAAUUUGUGUGGUUUCAUGCCCUUCCAUCCUCCCAAAAAUCUGCCAUCACAGUCAUUUGCAAAGCGCCUCCAACCCACCCUGCCUGCAAGCCCUUUGGUUUUCAUAUAGCUUCUGACAAUUUACUUGACAAAAUCACUGUCCAAGAGCUGCACAGCACACACAGACACACACUUUGUUCUGCUCACCUUUCAUAGAAAAUGAUGCUGACUUGAAAGAGGAUCAGCUCCAACCUGCAUUUCUGUCUCUCUAAAUAGUAUCAUUUUCUAAAAAGCAAAAAUUUUACUAUUUAGGAUAAGAACACCAUCAGUAGCUUGCUUCUCACACAUUGUGGCUGGUUUUAAAUCUUAAAUAAUUAAAUAGUUACCAUGGUCUCAGACUCACCAACUUGAGCAUGCUGUGGGUGCCAGGCGAAAGGCUCCGUGCCAAGCACAGCUGGGCAAGAGGGCAAGUGCCUUGGCUGGUUCUGCUGACCCCUGGUAGCAGGUGUCCCUUGACACAGAGACAAACACACCCCCAUUUUCUUGACUAGUUCAGUUGGGUACAACUACGAGUACAGUGUCCCAUCCCAGGGUGUUCCAGCCUGGUCUGGAGCAGGACAUACAGGCUUCAAGCUGGGAAGGGCAGCUCAGACCAUGGAUUGUUUUAGCAUCACAUUCCCAAAUAAUAUUACAAAGUUAUUUAGCAAAGCCCUUUUGUGAUCCACUGGCAUCCUCCAGUGGCUGAGCUAUCUGCAGCCUAUAUAUACAUAUGCAUAUAUGUCUGUGGCUGUGUAUAUAUACAUUUAUACACAUAGAUACAUGUCCGUGUGCAUACAUGUGUCUGAGUCCAGUCUGACAAGAUGCGUCAAGAAAAUGUUUCCCUUCUUUAAAAUAAACCAGUGCUCUUCCAGAUCAAGCCCCUUCCAUUUUUCAUGCUUUGUAAAGGAUUUAAUUUGCUUCCAGCUUAAUUUAAUUCCUUCCUUUUUCUUUUUUUUUGUAGCAGGACUUCCCAUUGACAUCAAGUCAUUGACCUGCCAAACAUUUUCUCAUUGUGAAAAAUGGAAUCAGAGUUGUCCUAUUCUUUUAGAGACAAAAAACAAUUUUUAAUCUCAUUUUCUUUUCAUAUUAGAGACUAUGAAAUACUGUUAGGCAUUGCUUUAUGUUUCAAGGUGUCCUUUUAACUGCUAUGGUUAAAUCGAAAGCUCCUUGAGUUCAGAUUUCAGCACAGUUGGGGGUUUUUUUUGGGUCGUUACUGGCCUUUGCUGUGAACACAGAAAAUCCUUUUCCUUUGCUUUGCCUUUUUUUAAGCUAUUCUGUACUAUUAUUUUAAGCAAUUUGAAGUGUUUAUUUGAUAUUUAUUCUACAGUUUAUAUUGAAAAAUGUAAAGUUUAUAUUUAAAACAACCCUGUUUGUUAGUGAGUGCUUCUCCAGCCUAGUCUGUUAGUCUCAGUGUACAUUUCUGGCAUGGGAAUAUUUUGAUAUUAGAAGUUUUGUAGCAUUUCCCCCUCAAGCAGCAAAUGACAUAGAUCUAAGGUCACCACCUGGUACAGACCCCCAGACUGCUCAAGCUUUGCUCCCUACAUUUGUUGGCUUUUAUUGCUGUCCCUUCUGUAUGCCAUUCAAGUUCCUUUAAUACAUAGACUGCUUUGUACAGUUCCUAUACAUCAAAAAAGCCCUUUCUACAGUAGGUGGGUUUUGGUCUUUUUAUACUUUUCUCAAUGCUGUUGAUGUCUGUUACUGUUUAAUGCGUAGAUCUGUAAGGAGAGCUCCAAAUAUUAUGUGUUUCAGUUUGAUGUCCCUACUGUAGAUGGAUGUAGCCUCUCAUAGUAAUUAGAAUUGCAUAGUAAAUUCUGAAUGCUUUUUUCCAUAAGGAGUUCAGUGGAAUGUGAGCAUUUCGCUACCUUUGGGUUAACUGUAAAUGCUUAACUGUAGUCUGAAAUAGUUGCAUUUUUGUCUGUCAAUAAAUUUUAAUUUGUCUGCGA